AUGAUGGAUACGAUGCCUUCAGUAGGCCUAUCAAGGCCAGAACCUGAUUUUAACAGUAGAACACCGGUGGAUUCGAAUAUCACACUAUGGCAAUUUCUUUUGGAAUUGUUAGUGCAAGGCGAACAUCCACAAUUAAUACAAUGGACAAAUCGAGAGGGAGAAUUUAAGCUGCUGGAUGCAGAAGCUGUGGCUCGGCUAUGGGGACAACGAAAAGCCAAACCACAUAUGAACUACGAUAAAUUAUCCAGAGCUUUACGCUAUUACUAUGAUAAAAAUAUAAUCAAAAAGGUGAUUGGCCAAAAAUUCGUCUACCGUUUCGUGGAAGCAAAUAUCACCGAACCGGUUGCUUACAAUAUGAACCUCUGCCGUGCGAUGAGCAAUCCAGCUCCGGCACCGGUAAAAGUUGACCCAUUGCCACCUCCUGCUCCAACAACAACAACUUUAACACCAACAAUCGUAAAGGAUGAACCAUGCAAGCAGGAAAUUGGUACGUGCAUCAUAAUCAUUUCUAAAUAG